CCGUGUUGGUGUAGAUGAUCCAAGCUUAGGGGAAAACUUACAUAAAUCGCUGUUUGUUUGUAUUGCAGCUGAACAAUGUUCCGGGUAGCCCUGGGAAACAGAACCAUGUCCUGGACAGUGAGCCUGGUGUUGCCCCAGAAAAAAGUGGUGCCACAAAUAUCCCUGAGUGGCCAGAUUACAGAAACAAGUUUUGCCACGAAUCACACAGAGUUGGCAGAUAUCAGCCAGGACCCCAUGGCUAUCCUUGAACAACUGUUCCUAUCUGAGCAAACACAAGAGACUAGAGUGGUGGAAACCGAGGCCAGUCACACAAGGGGACAGCGAGGGCCUGCAGAACCUUCAGUGCUUGGCUCGGGCUCGGACGAGGAGUGUGCCAUCUGCCUGGAUUUGCUGCGACAGCCCGUCAUCACCUAUUGCGCCCACGUCUUCUGCCGACCCUGCAUCUGCGAGGUCAUCCGCUCUGAGCAGGAGAUCAAGACCCGGGAGCUGGUAGAAUACCCAGGAGAGGAGGAGGACUCUUUCUCAGCCGAUGGCAAAGACAAGUGGCAGUCCAGCUCAAAGGUGAACGCCCUGAUGAGCAGUCUGCUGGCGCUGCGCGGUGAAGAUGGCAGCAUCAAGAGCCUGGUGGUGUCCCAGUUCACCCGGUUCCUCACCCUGCUGGAGGUGCCUCUGAGGGAGCACGGUUUUACCUUCACACGGCUGGACGGCUCCAUGAACCAGAAGAGCGGUGCCAAGGCCAUCGAGGAGUUCCAGCCUCUCCUGGGAGCCCAUCCAUCAUGCUGUUGUCACUCAAAGCUGGAGGCGUGGGACUCAACCUCUCCUGGGAGCCCAUCCAUCAUGCUGUUGUCACUCAAAGCUGGAGGCGUGGGACUCAACCAGCUUGGAACCUGGCAGCAGAGGACCAGUGUGUUGACAGGUUCCAUCGGCUCGGCCAGAAGAGGGAUGUGGUUAUCACCAAGUUCAUUGUGAAGGACUCGGUUGAGGAGAACAUGGUGAAGAUCCAGAAGAAGAAAAAGGACCUGGUGGAGAAAGCGUUUGGAGCGAAAUCCAUUCAAGACGAGAGGCAGUCGCGCAUCGACGACAUCAGGGCCCUGAUGGAGUUAUGAUUUUGUUUCUUUCCGCUAAAAGGAGCAUCAGUAACUUUUCUGUUAUGAUAGGACAGCACAGUGUUCAGGAUGUCCAUUUUAAUUGUUAUGUUCAGUCUCAUACCAAUUUCAUUCCGGCCAGCGUCGGCCAUGUUUACAACCAAAAUGUUUCUGUUCCAACACAGUUUUGUUUUGU